AUGUAUGAUCUUCAGGAUCACCAAAUACCAUGUCUCAGAGACAUUGUAGAUCAAAUAGAGGAGCUGUGCUCUCCCGAUGGCACCCGAUUUGCCUCGCCUGGACUGGGUCCUAACCAAUCGAUCAGGCGUAUGCUGAACCCCAACUGGGACUCGAAACCCCCAUUGGAGGUGUGGAAGUUCUUGCUGGAUGAAGCUUUGGACAGUGGAAUCCCCUUUUGGGGUCUGUUCGACCUGUUGGGGCUUUUCCUAUCUUCCAUAACAGUCACCCCGUAUCGUGCCAAUAGGAGGAAUUAUUACCUCCCCCGACUUGCCGUGUAUGGCAAGUGGUGUUGUGCUUUGACAGGACACUCUCCCAGAAUGUUCAACAUCACAUAG